CUCGAACCCUAAUUAGCAGAUGCCCUAUAUUCUCGUCUUGUGCUAUUUCUUCUUCAUACGCUGACACUGCCAACAGCUGCCGCGUCCACCGUCGCCGUUCGCCGUUUUUUCCAAAGUCGGAUUCUAGGGUGCUGCUGUCAAGAUGGGUCGUGUGCGUACUAAGACAGUUAAAAAGUCCUCUCGACAAGUUAUUGAGAGGUACUACUCCAAAAUGACCCUAGAUUUUCACACAAACAAGAAAGUCUUGGAGGAAGUAGCUAUUAUUCCGUCCAAACGUCUCCGCAACAAGAUUGCCGGGUUCUCCACACACCUGAUGAAACGGAUCCAAAAGGGUCCAGUUCGUGGCAUCUCGCUCAAGCUGCAGGAAGAGGAGCGUGAGAGGCGCAUGGACUUUGUCCCGGAUGAGUCUGCCAUUAAGACUGAUGUCAUUGAAGUUGACAAGGAGACAAUCGACAUGCUUGCAUCCCUUGGCAUGGCUGAACUUCCUGGAGUUGUUAAGCAGAGUACUGAACCACAGGGAUUGCCUGCUGGCCCUGCUUAUGGCCGUGGUGGUGGUUUUGCGAGGAGAUAUUGAGGUUGAUUGACGAACCUUCAAUUAUUUCUUGUCUAAAUCUGCUCAAGAAUUUAUCCCUGUUUUUAUGGUUUUGAUUAGUUUCAACAUCCAAACUAACUGUACUACGUGCUCGCUUAGACUAAUGCAAAAGUAACAUGGUUUAUGAAUGUGUUA